CGCCAAAACACUUGGCAUCACUGCUAUUCUGUCUGUCAUUGACUAAUUUGUCAAUUUUGACAAUUGGUGCCAUCACUGAAUUUUUUCGUGUUAUUUGUAAGCUUAAAUUAAAUUUUAUAUUAAAAGUAACAUAAAAAAAUAAUAUUGAUAGCCUUUUUGUUAAUAAAAAUACUGAAGUUAUGCACACAGAUUUGUCACCGCAUUUACACACCGAUGAGUGUAACGUUUUAAUUAAAAAACUGUUAGAUUGUCACGACGAGCAUCCAUUCCGUAAAUUUUUAGGAUUUUGCAAUGACUAUGACCGUGACAUGAGGAAGUGUCUAAAAGCAGAGAGACUUAGAAGACAGAAGGCCAAUUUAGAUGAAGCACGUAGAAGACAAGCCGAAAUUCGUAGUCGAAUAUUAGCACAAGAAAAGGCUGCCGCUGGCCACUGAUUCCAUUAAAUAGCAAUAUUUUUUUUUACAAUGGAGUACAAUAUAUUAGACUCAAUACCAAACAUAGCUGAUUACAAGUCAUUUACCGAAAGAUAUUUCAGCAAAAGAUAUAUUACAAAUGUCAAUGGCAUUGAAAACAAUGAUAUCAUGCUAAUGUUUCACUCAAAUAGAAUAGCGCUAUUAUGCCUAGCCCCAAGUCACAGCUUUUUUAAAAUGGACGGAGACUAUAAAAUUAACUUUUCUAUUGGGAAAGUUGACAGAUUAAGUAAUUCUGUAAAGGGAAAAGGUAAAAAAGGUGGACAGUUAUUAAUGCCAGAUUCUAUAGUUUGUAAAAUAGAAUUUGAAGAUGGAAAAACUAUUGACAUACCAUGCUGCAUGAAGGGAACAUUAAUAGAAGUGAAUGAGGAAUUAGUAAAGAAUCCUCAGCUAUUAAAGGACCUGCCAGAUUCUGAUGGGUUUAUUGCAAUUAUAUUAUCAAGCAUAGCCAACUCUGAAGCAACAAAAAAUGAACUGUUAGCCCAUGAAGAUUAUUUGAAAGAGAAAUGUGUGAAAAGUAUUGAUUAGAUAAUAAAAUUUAAUUUGCUUAAAAAAUAUA